AUGAUUCUGUUUGGCGGUUGUUACGCGGAUCUAGGACUGCUCCCUCCCUUCCGUUGUAUCGUCCGGUGGAGUGUUGUUGAUGGAGAGGUCUUGUUUCUGGGAGUUGGGUCAGGGUUCUGGAGGAGGAGUUCCCCUGUUUCUUCUCAGGCCAGUCUAGUUGGCCUCUCUUUGAAGUUGAACCGCCUUCUUUGUUUAUCGACGAUUUCCGGUGGAAGCGUGUCAAGGAGUCGUCGUAUCUUCUUUUACGAUCCACCAAAUCAAAAUGAGGGGUUCGUUCGUCAUAUCUGCGGUUUGCUACGUGGGGGCCCUGGUAUCUACGGGGCUCUGCGUUUUGCCGAUCCUGUCGGGAUCCCGAAUAGCGGGAAUCAUGACCGAGAUCCAGGCGGUUCCAGACAAUUUCUCUUUUGUGAGAGACUGCUGUUUUUGACCGUGGUGAUCUGCUCUCUCUGUUUACUGAGGAGGGUGCUCGGAACGACGUCCGGACCUUGGGGAUGGGUUCUCUCUCCUGGUUCUGCAAGUUUGCAGAUAAAGGGCCUUGAGCCAGUUGUUAGGGUGGUGGUGGUGGAAAGGCCUCGGCAUCCCAGUAGGGGAGAAUCUCGUAAAUCGAUGGCUGGAAUAGGCUUUGUUUGAUGGAAAUGCUGAGUUCUUUGCCAUCCCGUUUGAUCCGAUGGGUAGAAGGAAGAAUGAUGUCUGAAAAUAGGUUGUCACAUGUUGAGGGAGGACGUAUUAGGAAGGGGAGCGUCGGGUGUGGAUGUCGGAGGCAGGGGCACAUAAUUUUGUUAUUCUCUUUCGAUUUUUAAAUUUUUACAAGUAAACAUAUGUAUAUGUAUGCGUAAACAUUCCUACAAUCUGCAUAGAGCGUACACAGCUGAAUCUAGUAAUCAAACUCGAAAAGAUGAGAACUUUGACGCACGGAGCUAUACAUGUGAUCACAGCUGAUCCAAUAUGCACAACAAACAACAAAAAAAGUAAGAAAAAAAAAUCGUCUGAUGCUUGAUUUAUGUAUAAGAUUCCUUAUAAGAAAAGAAAAAAAGAUUGUUUGCAGAUAAAUGUUCAAAGACUACGUUAUUGAAAUACCCUUCAUAGAGAAUGACAUCAUCUGUUUGUAGAGUAAACAUCCCUGCGAUUCCAGGAAUACUUAUGAGCGGAGGAACAGUCUUUGGACCAUAGUCAUAGUAACGCCAUUGCUUUGUCCCAAU